AUGGCAAUGACUCGCUUGGCCCGUGUUCCCAAGCCUGAGCAGACUACCGAAUGGGGAGGGCGUGGGACCAUUGCUUACGUUUCGGAAGCCUCAAAGAAAGAAUUCCUGAACCUCCCACCCGAAAUCCAUGCUCGUCUGCAGCUUGCAAGUGCCCAGCUUGACACCCAGAAUUCCAUCGUCCGUCGGGUCAUCGUUGGGAGAUUUACUCCGCCCAAGAUUUCCACCGUUGAAAAGUAUGAGCUGGCUCGCUACAAUGUCGAUUGGCCUUCUCCUACAGCUGAGCAUGACGUCCUAGAUCCUCCACGCAAAACCAGCCGCACCAUGGUUGCCAGAAUCCAAUAUAAUAAGACUAAGACGGACUACAUGGAAUAUCUUUGGUCUCACAUUCCGCAGUGGGAAAUGUCAGAUGGUCAAUUAAAGGAACGCGAGGUCACUCGGGUUGAGUUGGUCAAGAUUGCAGCUAGGGCUAUCAGGGAACGUAUGGCUGAUCUAGGCCUACCAACAAGCGAUUUUACCGUGGCAUUGCAUUGUUUCGGCAGCUUCUGCUCUGGCUUUGCAAUCCCUUCUUCCGAGAUGGACCUGACUGUUGUCACUAGAGGUGUCCCUUCCAUCCUGGACUCCGAGCUGCCACGCCUUUUCAAGGCGGCUUAUAUUGCGGCAGGUUUUAACGUGUAUACGGAGCCGGAGGGGCCAAUCGCCUUCACUGUCCAGGAGAAAUGCGAGGACGAAACCUCCGAGUGCAUCCCUUUAUACAAUAUUCAUUUCGAGAACGUUGCCUUGAAAAUGCGAACCACGACUCUUUUGCGAUGCUAUCGGGCUUGUGACGAUCGAGUCUACGAAAUGGGUGUUUUCAUUAAGUAUUGGGCCCAUGCUCGCCAGAUCGAUGAUCCAAAGGCUGGCACCUUGCCGUCGUUCAACUACAUCCUCAUGCUCCUUCACUAUUUGAUGAAAGUUGCAACGCCACCCGUUAUUCCCAACCUGCAGCUUUCAAACAUUGGAAUGCGGAAUCUUGAAUGGAUCGAAGGACAUGAAACAUUCUUCUGGGAUAACUUUGAAGAAAUUGCUCGUGUUGCUGGCAAGGGAGUACUGACAUCCAACCGCCAGUCAGCUGGUGAACUCCUCCGCGGCUUUUUCACUUACUACUCCCCAGUGGAAUCGGGCAACCGGCGCUGGUCAACUAGAUAUUCUAAGUUUAACUGGAAGAAUGACGUUGUCUCCAUUCGCAACCCAAAUUUGAUUUCCAAAGAGGCGAAGCGCUGGGACUACAGCUUUUUCAACAAGGACGGCACUCGGACCUGGAACUUCCUCGCCAUCGAAGAUCCGUUCAACCCCAACAACAACUUGGCAAAGAGUAUCUCCAAGGACUCGGUUUUUAUCAUUAGGCGCGAAUUUGAACGUGUGAAUAUGAUUAUGAACUGUGCAGAAUUUGUCCCUGGUUUCGGCUGGGAAUGGGCUAACAACAAUGAUGAAGUUGGGGAAGACAUUUUCGACGAUCGGAUCCCCGCUACGCUCAAACCUGCAGAUUAA